UGAUUACCAGGGCUGCAACAAUUCGUAUGUGCAACGCAUUCAAACGUUUUCAACCUUCGGCGACAUUUGCUGCAUUGGUCACACUGCUCUGCUUGUUUACAUUUAUAAAUUAUUAAAAUCAAAGUUUUUAAAUCAUAGUUUUUAUAUAUAAUUAACAAAAAAUGGCCGCCUCGCGCUCCCGGCGCAACAAUGCCGGCAACAAAAUAGCCCAUUUACUAAAUGAGGAAGAGGAGGACGACUUUUACAAAACAUCUUACGGCGGAUUUCAGGAGGACGAAGAGGAUAAGGAAUACGAGCAAAAAGAUGAAGAGGAGGAUGUAGUGGACUCGGACUUCAGUAUUGAUGAGCACGAUGAGCCCGUUUCGGAUCAGGAAGAGGCGCCCGAGAAAAAGAGGAAACGCGGUGGCGUUAACACAAAGGCUUAUAAGGAAACAAAGCCCGCAGCCAAGAAGGAAACAAAGGCCGCUCCCGCUCUGCACAAGAAACGACCUGGUGGUGGAGUAACAAAACGGCGGCCACGUCCCCGAUUCACGGUCCUCGAUUCCGGUCGCAAAUCUAUACGCACUUCCACGGCCAUCAAGACACAGGCUACCAAAAUACGGCUCAAGGAAUUGGACGAUGCCCGCAAGCGCAAAAAGAAGAAGGUGCGUGUGGAGGACUACAUGCCCACGCAGGAGGAGCUGCUGGAGGAGGCCAAAAUAACCGAGGAAGAAAACAUUAAAUCUUUGGAGAAAUUCCAGAAAAUGGAGCUGGAAAAGAAGAAAUCACGUCCCACCAAGCGCACAUUCUCCGGGCCCACGAUACGCUACCAUUCACUGACCAUGCCAGCGAUGCGGAAGCCCAUUCGCGCAGCUAACGCUGCGGGCGAUUUAAAGGAUCUCGCUGGAAAGUGCGAACGGACAUUCGUCACCAUUGAGAACGAUUUCAAUGACAAGGUGUUCCAGAACAUCUUCCGCCACAAACCGCCACCCAAAGCAAGCAAUGGCAUCUGUCCAAUCACCAGGCUGCCAGCCCGCUACUUUGAUCCGGUCACACAGCAGCCCUACUACAGCAUCCAAGCCUUCAAGAUUCUGCGCGAGGCCUACUACAUGCAGCUGGAACAGCAGGGCGGCGGCAGCGAGCAACCCGAGCUGGCCAAAUGGCUGGAAUGGCGCAAGCUGGUCAAGGAGAAUCGUCUGAAGGCUUCAGCUUCAGCAGCUGCCAGUAAGAAUGGAGACAACUAGAACUGCUAACAAUUUUGUAGUUUAUUAAGC